AUGCCCGGGGCAUGCAACGACCUCAACGUACUAGCAAAGUCGUCGUUGUUUGACGAGCUUACUGCCGGUCGAGCACCAAAGAUUCAAUUCCAAGUGAACAACAUAAUUCACAAAUUGGGUUACUAUCUCGCCGAUGGAAUAUAUCCUAGGUGGGCAACUUUCGUGAAGACUAUUCCAAGCCCUACACGACCCAAGGAAAUUACAUUUGCCAAGGCUCAAGAGGGGUACAGGAAAGAUGUGGAGAGGUGUUUUGUUGAGGACGAACGCCCUGAAGACAGCGAUGAGGAUUUAGAGUCUGACGAAGAAGAGGACAACAAUAUGAGGCCCAGGAUAGCAGAAGUUUGGGAUGGACAUACCGGGCAAGACUUUGAGGAAGUUGGUAGAGAUGCUCAUACUUUUGAAGGUUUCAUGGAGCAGUACAAUGAAAUUAGGAAUCAGUACGAUCACUCAAACAUUCAAGAAGAUCUUAUCGAGCAUUUAUGGGAAGUGCAAGGCAACAUGGAUAUCUAG